AUGAGUGAAGUAUUAGUAGUGUUGCCGGCCCCACUGCCCACUUGCCGAGGAGCGUCGGACUGCCGCUCUUCCCUCACGCACACUUCCAUGGAUUUCACACUGGAGUUGACAGGCACAGCAAGAGAGAUGUGUGGAAUCUCUGCAAGGCCCAACGCCCCCACACCGCCAUCUAUUCAAGAAGAAGAACAAUAUCAACGUAUGCUGCUUUUAUUAGAAUGUCAAAUGGAAUAUGUGGCUUUGGUAAAGUGGAGAAGUGUAAUGGAGGCGCGACAGACAAAAUUAUUGUUGAGAAAUAAAGCCGAGGCUCUUGCAAUGCAGGAGGCGGUGUUGCAACAUCGUAUCUCUCGUCUUGCACACCUGGAAGAACGAUUCGAGAGAAACAUUCAUAUACCUUCAUCACCUUCAACAACAAUAAUAAUGAGAAAAGAAAUAAUAACAACGGGAAAGGAGGGAGGAACAAUGAAGCGAAUGGAUCUUUUUUCACUUGUACAAGAGGAAUUGUUUGAACGGGAGUAUUUGGGAUUACAGGAGACACAGGAACGUCUCACAAUUUGGGCUAAACUUAUUUCUGAACGAUUUUUUUUAAUGCGUGAUGAGAAAACAAUUUCACUUGAGGACAUUCAUACAGGUAUUCAUACUAGUACGAGUGAGUUUUCCAUUAUUCCUAUAUGCUCCACUGGUAAUGAAGAACAUGAUUGUCUUUUACGUAAACGUAUUUCACAAUUACGACAAGAUCUUCAUCGUAUCUGUGAUGAGGCAGAAGUUCUUAGUUACACAUUGGAUUUAGAUAUACCAGAGGAGGAAGAAGAGAGAGAUCUAUCAGAUAUAGACGAACACAAACAAAACAGUCCGAAUGUAUUUCGCAAAAGUAUACGUGUAAACUAUCCACUUAAGGUGAUGCAGUUGGCAGUCCAACAAAUGGAUGAACUCCGUACGCGUCUAUACAAAAUGACAGAGAAACAACGGGAUACGGAACAUGCGUUGAAAAGCAACAAGCGAAGACUCUCAGAGGAAAAGGAAUACACAAUGCAAUUACAGAAACUUUUACAUGGAAUAGAUGAGAUGGCAGCAUCAGUGGCGUCAGAGUGUCAGUUGCGGGUUCCCAAACGUGAAAGAGAUACAGUACAGGAUAAGAAUAGUAAUAGUGAUAGUAAUAAUAAUAAUGAUAAUACUGAACAACAAGAAAAAGGAAAAGAAAAAGAAAAAAAAGAAGAGGAAUUACAAUAUUCUAUACCUGAAACGUAUACUACACGAGUACUACAGGAACUCCGUCGAUCUGCAUUGAUGUUAACGAGACAAGUGGCAUGGCAAGAGGCAAAGGCGCAGAGUGAGAUUCAAAAACGUGAUAUGAUACUUCAAAAUAUAUGUAGUGAAGUGAAGAAGUUCGCAGGACGUAUACAAUCUGAAGAAUACUCUACGGAAGUGUAUAAAAUAGCUGAGAGUGUUCAUAUAGAUAAUAUCACCCAAGUGUUGGGGAAUAUACUUGCAAGUGUAGUUCCUCUCCGGAGAGACAGUGACACACCGCAGGAAGGGAAUAAUAAUAAUAAUAAUAACACAACGUCUAAUGAAGUUGCUUCACUUAAGGAGACUAUUAAAAACUUACGUACAACAGUGGAGUUACUCUCACGUGAAAAAUAUGCAAAUCAAAAGAAUACGAAUGGAAAAAAUAUGAUUCCUACUAUGAAUACGAAUACUAUUAGUAGUGAUAGUAUGCAUACGGGUGAAUCUCUCUCUUGUAUGUAUGUAGAAGGGAAUGACGUAUCUCGUGCAGAUGAGUUAACAAUGGUACUCCGCAGACUUGAGGAGUUGCGAGGGGAAAAUAUCAUGUUGGAACUCGCCUUGCAAGAGAAACAAAAUCCUCAGCCGCUGCAAAUAGAUCAAACCUCAAGUUUAAACUCUACUACUAAUAAUAAUAAUAGUAUGAAUGUUAAUACACCUGCUCUUGUUACUAUGGAGAGGAAGAAGAGGAGGGGUAUAAGUCCAGAAGAGACAGACUCUACGCAGACUGUUCAUCACCUUCAUGAGACCAAUACACUUCUCCAACAUGAAUUGAAAUUAGAGCGAGAGACAAUAGAGUCUCUAAAAGCGAAAUUGAGUGAUUCCGAACGUUUUAUACGGGAACUCCAAAAACAAUGCCGUCGCUUACGUCAAAGUGGCCGGUUUGAUAUCCACGAGAUUAUUCAUCAUUCUGGAAGCGGUGAUAGUGAUGAUGAGGAGGAGGAAGAGGAAUCCUAUGAUUGUAAUGAUUGUGAUAAUGAUAAUAUAGAUGAGAAUGAAUGGAUAAACGAAAGUAGGAAUGAUACGAAUAAGUCUCAAUUUGAUUAUCCUCCUCCUUCUCCUUCUCCUUCUCCUUCUCCUUCUCCUACUGGAGUUGUUGUCCCUGCUAUUCGUACGCCACAUAAACGAUCAAAUGAGGGAAAAAUGAAAGAAUUAAACUUAGUUGAUAAUUACAGUUCUAAAGUAGAACCUCAAAAAAAUCAGAAAAGUAAUACAUCUUUGAUGAGUACUUCCUCUCUUCCACGUUUAUCAAUCUCAUCAUCUCUUUCAUAUCCAAUGACAUCUGUAAGUGAGGUUGUUGAGCCAAUGUUUGAUUUACAGCGAGAUCAACAGAUUGCAUGUUUACGGGAUCUCACUCGAUUGGUGAAUAAACUUCGUACAGUACAUGGACUUAUUGUAUCUUCUCUCUCUAUGAAGAAAGAAAAGAGACAGUUACGAUAUAAUAAUAAUAAUAAUCUAUAUGAUGUUGGAAAUGCCUUUAUUGCCUGUGGAAUAUCUCUGCAUACUUUUUUCAAACCUACUGGCCCAUCAGCACAAAUAUCACAUCAUGUGGCUAUUCUCUAUCCUCUUCCACCUCUAUUGGCCCAUCGAUUACCCAAUCGUCAAUUAUUGUAUCCCCUUAAACAUAUAAAAAGUUCAACACAGGGUGUCAAUAGUGAACCUACAGUAAAAGUAUUUGAUCUUCGUGAAGAGUUUCAAUCAACAGGUAAGUAUUUACGAGGAUGUAUGGAUAUUGCUUUAUCACAUGAUGGACGGUUUAUAUACGCACUGCGUUCCGUAGAUUCUGAUGUUCUCGCUCGUUUAUGUUCACCCGAUUGUCUUGAUAUCCCUCCAGAGCGUCGAUUUCGCUUCUCGGCAGUAUUACCAAAAAAAGCAGAAUCCCCUCGGCAACACAGUAAUAAAAACAGCAUCAGCAUUAUCCAGAACAACAAUAAUAAUAGUAAAACUCUAAUAAACCCUGGAGGAGAAGCACAAGAAGGAGAAGAUGAAGUCAUCAUCCCAAUGGAUAUGUUAGGUUGGUGUGGACGAGGUGGUAUCUGUGCAUGGGCGGUGGAAUGUCUGCAGUUCGAAAGCCCAGCCGAGGCAGCCCGCUUUGAACGACAUUUACACAAUGACUAUCGCCUUGUGCUCCGUCUCUGUGCGGAUGAACUCUAUCACUUUGUCGGCGGCAGUGUUGAGAUGAUGGGCCGCACACGUGUGGGAAAAACAGUGCCCCGUCUCUUUCUCACCGUCACCGCCUUUGAGGCCCUCACGCCGGAGCACCGCCGUCAAUUGCUGCAGUGGUACGGCGGAGGCGACGGGCUGUCGGUUUUAAAUUUGGCGAAUUUUGAGCGCUCGACGGCGGCGCCGCUGCGGCGGUUGAUCGCCAGGGCCCAGUGGCACGGCCGCGUCCCCCUCGCAAAGGCUCCACCACGAGUAACCCUACAGCAAUUGGGGAUUCAACAGAAACAGUAG